CACUCUCGGUCUGACGCUUUCUUCCUUGUCUUUUUGCUCUCAGCAUUCGCUAUUGCUCACAAUCGCGCCCUCUCGCCACUCCCUUGAAACGGUGAGGCGCUCCGCUCACGGCCACACACGCGCUCAAGAGUAGUCGUCUCCGACCGCUGACCUUUGCGUCACGCACUCCUGUUCCUUCGCCAGUCAGCAAUUCCCCGGCGACGCCUUUGCUUAAGGCGUUGGCGCAGCGGGCCCCGCUCACUUGCGUCGAUCGAAACGAGUGCAAGGCUCAAUCUCACUGCUGAACUGCUAUUUCCAUCGGCGUCGACGCUCGUCAACGUCCUCGGCCUAUUUUUUGAUGAGCUGCCGUUAGCCCUCUCAACCUUGGAACCCUUGGUUACCUUGGGCAAGGGACGUGGCCAGGCCCAAUCCAGCAGUUAAUUGUCCAGCUCAUGGCGGGGACGAGACGGCGCCCUCGUAUCAGUGAGCAGCGCUCGACAUGGCGUGCAUCAACCAUUGCCGAAAGUGUUGACGAUGGCGAUGAUGGUGGUGUAGUCGAGGUGGCCGACAAUGUCGACGACGACGCCCGCCCGCAAUCGCCAAUGAAUGUGAACCGCUCCACGACGGCCGUCUGCAAGCGCUGCAGAGAGGUUGUGGGUGACUUCUACAAUUCGUGGCACAAGAUCACGGGCUCCUACUACCUACCCGCGCUACUCGGGUCAUACAGUAGUAAAUUGCAAGCGAAUGGUAGGCAGAAGGCUGCGACAGCAGGGACAGAUAUAGAAGGAUGUCUGAUCCAGCCGCUGGUGUGCCCCAGCUGCACCGAGACACUCGGCAUUACGGCCGUUGAUGCACCAGACAGCAAGAAGGUCUUUCGCGGCCGCGACUUCUUCAAACUGCCCCGCAUCGAGCUGCGAUGCGAAGUGAGUCCAAGUAAAUUCGUAGUGGUAGAGCCCCACGUCGACCCGGCGUCCGAUCCGCUGGCCGUUGAAGACGAUUCCGACAAGUCGUCCCCAGUUCCAGAAGGCACGAUAGGCGACAUGGAGGUUGACAGCCUGCCGCAUGCAUCCCAACCAUCCCCGCCGUCGGGUCUGGGUUUGCCUCACCAACACCAACACCAACACCACCACCACUAUCACCACCAACCGCUGCAGCAGGUUGAGGCAAACCGCCAGCCACCACCCCAAGUCCAGUCGCCAUUAGGCCUGCACGUCACGUCGCAGAAGUCACCCAGCAACCCGCCGCCCGCGAAGCCGCCGGUUCAAGUUCAAGAUGUACCCAAGUACACGGCGCAACCACCAACGCCCAAAGAGGGAAGUACCGGCCUGGCCAAUCGCACCCGCGACCUCCCUCCAGUCAUGUCGCAUGCCCACUCGCAUUCGCAGUCUCCCGCUGGUGAAGCCCAAGGCCAGCGUGCCAAUGGCCAGCUCUAUCCACGGUCGCCUCAGGAGGUGCAACUCGAUGCCAUUGAGCGUCUGCAGACUCAGGUCUCGCAGAACAGCGGCGCCCUGACAGUCCAUGGCCGCGACUUGCAGCGCUUUGAGGAGGCCGCGAAGCGCCAGGAGGAGAAUCUCCGCCACGAGUUCCAAGCCCAGUUGCAUCGCCAGAAUGUCGAGCUUAGGCGGGUCGACGACGCAGUGGUCAGACUGCAACAUGAGAUGGGAGGUAUCCACGACCUCCUCGAAGCGCUCUCACGUGAAGUGCAGGCUUCCAGAGAAGUGCAGGCUGGACGAAUGGCCCCCGUAGUUCCAAUCACGGCCCCUACAGCCCAGGACUCGGCGCUCGAACUGAUGGCAAGCAAAGUGUCGGUGGUUUCCCAAAAGGCCGACGAGGUCGACAUGCUAAAGAUCACCAUUGAGAUCAUGAAGAACAAAAUUCAACGCCUCGAAGAGGCCACACUCGCACCCCCCCAAUCGACCACGCAUACAUUCCCAUCUCCGGGAGAGCCAUCAGUCCACUCUGCCCACUCUUCGCACACUGUGCCAUCCUUCCACGCAACUCCGUCGACCGUGCCACACAUCAACACCCCAAUCCACCCCACCCAAAGACCUGCAUCCUUCCAUUCCCACGGCAGCCACACCACCGCCACCCCGGAAGUGUCUCAAAGGGCUGAUCCCGCACAGUCCCAGAGUGGGUGGGUGACUGUCAAUGCGAGCGUGAAACGCUCCCACCCCAAUGGCAUCGACGGCCCGCACGAUUCCCUCGGACAACCGGUCGGAUCGCCCAAGCGCCCGAAGCUUGCUCCCAUUGAGCCACGCGUCGGAUUUGGCAACUCUCAGGCUCCUCCGCAUCAGCAGCAGCAUGUUUUCUACGACCACAUGGACACUGAUGAUUCUGAAUCGAGACUUCACACCCACUCUCACUCGCUGCCGCAGUCUCAGACUCAUUCCCGCGAAUCCCUUGUCGAGGCCCCUCUCCAAUCGCAGCCCUCAACUUUCGUUGCCUAUGGAACACAAGAGGCUCCUUCAGAUGAUAGCUGGCGACCCGAAUCCCAACGCAUGAUUGUUGACCAUCGCAGCCCAAGGGGUCGUGGGCGAGGAGGGGGACCAGGCAGCCGUGGGGGUCGUUCGCGGAAGAGCAUGCCUAUACAUGGCGAGCUCGGCACACCAGAAUGGGAGAAGGAGGAUUGGCAAGGUGUAACGGAUUCGCAGACCAGCCCAGAUGGUUACUACAACCAUAUUGCGCGUUCCGGGCGUGGCAUCCUUCGUCGUGGGAGCGGUGGCGGUGGCAAUGUGCCACGUGGUUCGCGCCCUUCGAGCUCAAGCGGUCGUGCAGUCAGCUUGGGGAUGCAGGGUGUAACGGCCGGCCCAGUCGUCAGUAUGUCGCAAGAUCCGUAUGCGCAUACGAAGAAGACGCGAACAAAGCCGACUCGAAAUGCCGACGGGAUCCUCAUACGCAAAGAUGGUCGACCGGACAUGCGCUCGCAGUCCUCUGCCGCUAAUCUCCGCAAGGUGCACGCCAGGAAGGAAGAGCAGAAGACUACUUCAGACCGCUCGUUUACUCCCACUAACCUCCACCAUAGCAGGGACGCAGGCGCCGAGACACCUAGUCCGACCACCUUUGCAGCGGAUGGCCAGGAUGUGACGGCGAGUGUCCAGAAAAAGCACAACUUAAUUAUGGGAAAGAUGUUCCCAGGUGGUGUUGAGACGUCGAGGAAGGAGCAUGACUAUGCCCGGCAAGUCUUUGAAGAAGGACAAGGACACACUGCUCAGCCUCGCCGCGGCCAACACCAUCUCCACCAUCAGACUACACAUUCACCACUCGAAAUUAAGCGCGAGCAGGCCGAAGAACGCCGUGUUAUCGAUUCUCAAAGCCCUAAUGAGGCUCACACUAAUGGCGACAUCGAUAUAGAUCGUGUCGAAGAUCACGCUGAUGACGAAGGCCAAACCCCAAGCGGGCAGAGCGAUAAUUCAGGACGGGAAAGCCAGUAUCAUGAUGCGCCUAGUCAUGAUGAAGAGCCAGCGCAAAACAAGCCGAAGGAGAACCGUGUUCCUGAGAUCCAGGCUCAGCAAUCCACUGUUGACUCUUCGGCGACCCCAGACGAAGCGCCCGCAAGUACAAUACCAAAGAAGGCGUGAAGUGGUUGAUUAAUGGAUCAUUAUAUUCUAUUCCUCGCCGACCCCGGAUUUAUACUGUUUAUAGCCUUUCACAGGCAAGGCACCUAGAGUCAAAAGUUCGAUUUUUUUUUUCUCUUUAGUAGGAAUUUUAUUUUCACGGAGUUUUUGGUGGUAUUGUGUUCACUAGUUGGAUUCCUCUUUUGUCCAACCGGCUUGAGUCACUCGCAGAAGGCCGUUUAAACCCUAUUUCUCGCUAGGUGGACAUUUCGUAAUUUUCAACUCUUAUUCCUUUUUCUCUCAAACCUUUCUUAGGAAAGCAAAUUGUACCAAUAGUUAGAUGCAGGACUCACAUCAUCUUUUCGUCUCAUCACAUUACAUCCUCAGAUUGGAUAAAUUAGCGCGAGC